CCCCUGACGGCGGCGUUCGUGGGCUGGUUCACGAACUGGGUCGGCGUGCAGAUGCUCUUCUACCCGCUCCAGUGGCGCGGCGUGCCCUCGCCUUUUCCGUUCCUGAGGCGGCGGCCGUGCUCGGCGCUGGGCGACCUGCCGCCGUUCGGGCCGCUGCUCGGCUGGCAGGGCAUCGUGCCGGCCAAGGCGCCGCGCAUGGCCCGGGACUUGGUCGAGGUGACGACGGACUUGGUCAGCGUGCCCGGGACGCUGCAGAACCUGGACCCGGCGAAGGUGGCGGACUUCCUGCCGCCCGCGCGGGUCGGGGCCGUCGCGGGAACGGCGGCGGGCCGGCCCGGGCGGGCGCUCGGAAGGUGGUUGGUGGGCGGCGCGCCGGACGCGACGCGCGUCGCGCUCGACGCGGAGGCGCGCGCGUUGGCCGUCGGCGUGGCGCAGGACGUGAGAAGUCACGCGGCGGACGGCCUGGACCUCACGGCGCUGUGCGUGGGCGAGCUCACGGGCCCAAACGUCAAGGGCCUGGUGGACCUCUUCCAGGAGGUCGGCAAGCGGGAGCUGCGGCUGCUGGUCAACUCGGGCUUGGUGGUGGGGCUCGCGCUCGGGCUCCUGCAGUCCGGGUGCUCGCUGGUCCUGCCCCGGCGGCUGGGCGGCGCGGGCCGGAACGUGACGGCCGAGCCGGAGCGGCGCUGGGUGCCGCUCGUCGGGUCGGGCGUCGUGGGCUGCGUGACGAACUGGAUCGCGCUGCUGUGGAUCUUCAUCCCCGUCGACCCGCGGAGGUUCGGCCCGGUCACGCUGCAGGGCUGCUUCCUGCGGCGGCAGCCCGAGGUGGCGCGCGACUUCGCGCGCUUCUUCGCGACGCGCGUGCUGACCUGUGUGGAAAUCAAAAUUUACGGCACGUUCGUGCUGAAUCAUCGUGUCGUCCUCCACGCCAUCGACGCGACGCCUGCUCGAUGGCGUGGCGAUGCCGGUUCCUCGCCGCUCGACCGAGCCAGGACGGCCGCGUGCACCCGACACACUGGUUGAUUUCCACACAGGUCCUGACGGCCAGAAAGCUCCUGCACGCGGCGCUCUUCUCGCCCGGCGGCGCCGCGACUUUUAGACCGCACCUCCGGCGGCGCGUCCAGACGUUCAUCAGGGGGACGGAGCGCAUCUCUGGCGUUCCGUCGCUCGCGUCGGCGAACACCGCGCUUUUAGAUAGCGUGACAAAUAACGUCGCGCUCGAGCUCCCGGCAGCCCUGCCGGACGGCCUCUACGCCUACGCCGACUCCGCGCUCGGGUUAGAAACAGCCCUGGGCGACGCCAUGGCGGCGAUGCCGUCGCGCGACUUCGAGCGGCUCCUGCACCCGAUCUUCGAAGAAGAUGAGUUCACCCUGAUAGCCGUCGGCGGCGUCCUCGGUGUCCUCGCCGCCUGGGGCCAGAUGGCCGGCGCGGGAGCAUGGUGUGUACGGGGAUGGCACGCGUUGUCGGAGCGCGCGAGAAGCGUCGCAUCGGCGGCGCGGCGGCGCCUCAGUGGCGGCGGUGCGGCCUCCUCCUAACUUUUGUUGUUCGUGUGC